AUGCCAAGCUCAGACGGAGCCGCCAAGCGUGAAGAUGCCGAGACUGCUCAGCCCCAACGCCUCAAGUUUUGGGUGCUCAUAGUCUCAGCAUUCGCGGAGCUCUGGACUAACCACGGCGGUCGACAGGAUAAGCUCAUCAUCUCAACUGCCAUUCCUCAGAUCACCGACACCUUCCAGUCCAAAAACGAUAUUGGCUGGUAUGGAACAGCCUACUUGCUCACCAACUGUGCCUUACAGCUCGUGUUUGGGAAACUGUACAAGUUCCUCUCGAUCAAAAAUACCUUCCUUUCGUCCCUGCUGCUGUUUGAGGUCGGCUCUGCCAUCUGCGGAGCAGCUCCAAACUCGAUCGCGUUUAUUUUCGGACGAGUCAUCGCCGGUCUUGGUGCUGGAGGAGUCCUUCCUGGUGUUAUAUCGAUCAUCGUCCAUGUUGUUCCCUUGCAGAAGAGGCCGAAAUACCAGGGCUUUUUUGGGGCCGUAUUUGGAAUUGCGUCCGUUCUUGGUCCUACCGUGGGCGGUGCUUUCACCACACAUGUCAGCUGGAGAUGGUGCUUCUACAUCAACCUUCCUAUCGGAGGCAUGGUCAUGAUCCUAAUAUUCUUCUUCCUCACGGAUCCCAGCCAAUCUAGUCAAAAGUGGUCUCUCAGAGAAAAGUACGGCGGCACUACCUACGCAUGGAGCAAUGGCCGCGUGAUUGCCCUAUUUGUUGUUGCGUUUGUGCUCUUGAUAGCCUUUGCCUUGGUCCAAGUCUGGCUUCCAGAUCAAGCCAUCUUUGCCGCCCAAUAUCUUCAUCCAACGCAGUAUCGCGUCUGGCUUUUUGGGCCAGUAUGUGUGUUGGCGCACAUCAGACCCUUUUUUUUGUACUAUCUCCCCAUCUGGUUCCAAGCGAUUAAGGGCAAAUCUGCUGUCCAAAGCGGCGUGGACCUCCUGCCUAUGGUACUGGUCAUCGCCGGAACCCAAUACCGCCAACUAGCACUUCAAGAGUACAAUGAUUCGUUGCGUAUUAUCUACCAAGUCGCUCUGAUAAUGGCCUGUAUUGCUAUUCCGGGCGGUCUGGCUAUGGAGUGGCAUAGUGUUAAGAGCAAGGGUCCUCCACGAGGUUCUGAGGAGAGAAAAGGCGCCGUCGAGAAAGAGCAACCUUUAGGACAUGUCAAACAGCCGAAAUCCCUGGAAGAAAACAUCCCACCCUCUGCUGGAGAUGCCAACGAAACAGUCCGCACGCUGGAUGACGUACCGGCAGAUGAGCCGACGACUGGCAAUAACAAUAACAAGUACACCAGCGCCGACAGUUGA